UCAGUCCUUCCACAGUUCUACAGUUUUCAAAAAUGGCGAGGAAGAAAUGGCCGUCGGAAGACAAAUUGCCGGGAGAAUUAUGGACGGAAAUCCUCGCAAGAUUACCGGUUGUUGGUAUACUAAGGAUAUUGAUAGUGUUGUGCACCAUGAUUGGGGUAUGAGCCCAGAUAGUGUAUAUCACCAAGGGGCAGUUCACUUGUUGGUUGAUGAUAAAAUUCUGAAAUCGUCUGGUAAGGUAAUUAGACGAACCGAUAUGAUGUUUACUCGUAUUGUUUCGUUUGAUUGUGCUAGUGAGACAUUUACACUUGGAGAUUUACCUAAAUUUAAAAUGGAAAGUGUUUAUGAUUGUGGGUUGGAACAGAGGUUUCUUUGUGUUUUUGGUGAAUCAUUAGCACUAUUGGAUACUUCUGGUAAAGGAAACAAUAUAUGGGUGAUGGAAAAGCAAGGUGGGAGUAAAGUUAUCUGGACAAAGCGGUAUCAAAUAUCGUGUGGAGUUCCGGAUAUUAGUCCAACUUUUGUGGAUGGUGCAGAGGAUGGUAUGCUGUUAUAUGAGUUCUUAUGCAGGGAUCUUCGUUGCUAUAACAUUGAAAAGAAUGAGUUGAAGGGAUUUUUGAAUUUGUCAUAUGGUUUUUGUAUGUCAUUCAUGGAUUCGUUUGUGGAAAGCUUGGUGUUAUCUAGGAAAUUGCAUGUCCAAACUUUGACAAUGUUUAGUUAGUGUUUGGUGUCCCGUCUUUAACAUAUGGAACUUGUGGAGUAUUAGAUUCAGGUCUACUAGAUGGUUUGACAAGAACUGUAUUUAGUUUCUGUUAGUGUCAUACUAUGGAAGCAUCGUGUUGCUUUAUCAGUUGUAAAUGUUUGCAUAGUAGCCUUUUAGAUUUACUAAAGGUAAGAAGUACCUUCCAACCUAUGCACGUUUUGGCCACAGAAUCACUUUUUCUUA